CGGAACUCUCGUGCCAUGGCGCCGCCCCCAUGACUUCCGCCAGGAACCCAGCAGUUCCUCCCCGACGCCGGAAGUUCCGCGGCCUCACUUCCUCAGAGUCUUCCCCCACCCCGACGCGUAGAGGGGAACUUGGUUCCGGCCCCUAGUGGGCGCCGGCUAGGCUCUCCGCGCGCCCCGGAGCGGUGUCCCGGACCCACUGCUCUUCCGGACGCCGGCGCCGGAAGCUCGGGCCGGGCUAGGGCGCCGCGCCGGGCGCGAGGGUCGCGUGGGGCCAUGAACGGGACGGCGAACCCGCUGCUGGACCGCGAGGAGCACUGCCUGCGGCUCGGGGAGAGCUUCGAGAAGCGGCCGCGGGCCUCCUUCCACACCAUUCGCUAUGAUUUUAAGCCAGCAUCUAUAGACACUUCCUGUGAAGGAGAGCUUCAGGUUGGCAAAGGAGAUGAAGUCACAAUUACGCUACCACAUAUCCCUGGGUCCACACCGCCAAUGACUGUGUUCAAAGGGAACAAGCGGCCUUACCAGAAGGACUGUGUGCUCAUUAUUAAUCAUGACACUGGUGAAUACGUGCUGGAAAAGCUCAGUAGCAGCAUUCAGGUCAAGAAAACGAGAGCUGAGGGGAGUAGUAAAAUCCAGGCCCGCAUGGAACAACAGACCACUCGUCCCCCACAGCCACCACAGCCGCCACCACCGCCUCCUCCACCACCACCAAUGCCAUUCAGAGCUCCAAUGAAGCCGCCAGUUGGACCUAAAACUUCUCCAUUGAAAGAUAACCCCUCACCUGAACCUCAGCUGGAUGACAUCAAAAGAGAACUGAGGGCCGAAGUUGACAUUAUUGAACAGAUGAGCAGCAGUGGGAGCAGCUCCUCAGACUCCGAGAGCUCCUCAGGAAGUGAUGACGACAGCUCCAGCAGCGGAGGUGAGGACGAUGCCCCGGCCUCCCCGCCACAGCCUUCACACCAGCAGCCCUACAACAGCAGGCCCGCUGUCGCCAACGGGACCACCCGGCCACAAGGCAGCAACCAGCUAAUGAACACCCUCAGAAAUGACUUGCAGUUGAGUGAAUCUGGCAGUGACAGCGAUGACUAGAGCCGAAUCUUUUGAAAUCUACUUUUUUGGUGCACAAAUAAUGCUGCAAGACCAGGCUACUUUAGUGUGGAGUCCAUUGCCGAGAGGAAAACAUUGUGGAGCAGUGACUGUAAUAGGAGUUUGAGGCUCUGGAGCGCUCAGAUAUUCAAGUUCUUAACUUAGAGGUGACGGGUGAUUUUCUCAUGUACUUUUUGAACAAUCUCAUGUUUCAAAGUGUAAGUAGAUCUAUAGAAGAACUAACAGGAUUAUAUUCUGAUUUGGCUAACAUUGUUAAUGAAAAACACAAAUGUGCACUGGUCUAGGUUACCCAGAGGCUGUCUUCACCAGGGCAGUGAUUCGGUUUUCAACCCUAGCAGUCACCAGUUUGGUCAAACGGUCUGUACCAGUGAAAUGAAACACAGUCUUUGAGAUGUAGGAGAGGAAGAGAAACCUCAAAUUGCAGCAUAAAAGUAUGUGAAAACCACUCUAAAUUGUUGCCAUAAAGCGGUAAGGAAGUUCUGCCUGACGCAGCCUGACAAUCCUGUGUAGAACCGGCCUCCAAGCCUGAGUCCUAGAGCGUCAGCUGGGCAGGACCCUGGCUGCGUGCUAGUUCAGCCCCUCAGAUACAAACAGGAGAAGGAAGCGUACAGCUGUUGUAUGGCAGGUCUCCCACACCCACUCCAGGCGUUGCCCACUCUUCUCUACCUUGAAUCUUAUUUGUUGGAAUCAGAGAUUUUUCUACUUAGACUUUAAAUGUACAUUGGAGCUUUUACUGGGUUCCAAAAGACAAAAGCAUUGGGUACUUCCAACUUGAAUUUAGAUCUAGACAGCCCCUAAAUGUCUGAGGCUGGGUGAACAAAUCAGACCAGCAGCCAUUGGGCUGACUUGUAUAACUCAAUUAAAUUGGGGCUUUCUUUCCAUGUAGAGCCAUACGAAGUGUCUUUCCUUCAGUGGAUUUUAGGGAGGGGAGGUAUAGGGUGUGGGAUAGAAGUGAAGAAACCUCUUGAACAAACCAGCAGUAAGUUUCCAAAAACCUGAAUCUAGAUAGGAGUUUCGCAGUAUGAAAUGUGCACGUUCUCUGAUAAGGUGUUUCUGUUCGUGCUUUUGUCCCAGUGUUUGUGCUUGACUCCCAGACCAAUUUGUAUUUUUAUAGACAACUGGAAGAAAGUCCUAAGAUUGCCUUUUGCAGUGUGCAGUUUCUGAAUGAAUCUGUUGCAGGAGCCUGGUCUCUAGUAAAUGUUCCGUGUUGAGCGAAUGUGUGAUAAAUCAUCCCGUAAUCAGCAUGGAGUAUCCCGCUUCUGUAGUUUGAAUGAAUGUGUCCUGAGAAAUUUCCAUCUGCGUUGGUUCAGUGGGCAUCAAGACGUUAAAAAUGGUUUUCCUUCCUCGGGUUCCUCCACUUGAUGGCCCUCCCUCCCCAGCUGUUGGAAGGAAGCAGUCUGGACUGAGGAAGGAAAUCAGCGGUCCAUGGCGGGAGCUUUGGUUAGAGUCGCAUCUCUGUGUCCGGGGGUUGGACACAUGGGCAAGGAGCGGGGGGACCCAUUGUCCAGUGGCACACUCACGCCACUCAACCCAAGGGGAGGUCAGAGGUAGCUCUCGUGCCCUGUGGUGGGUUCGCAGCUCAUCGUGAGUUGUCAGUCGAUUUAAUGGUAUGUAGGGCCUUACUUAUGAUGAAUUAAUGAUUUAUAACUCUUCGGUAAUGAUGACAGCUCAGGGAAGGUGAAGGUCAUGACUGGGAGACUUGAAUUGUUACUGGAUGUGGGAAUUCUUUCACUGCUCUUAACUUGCUCAGGCUGGAGCAGGUUUUAGGAACUUGAACUAAAAAUACCUAAGCCUCUCUUUUCUUAUUUUUCCUUUUCUUUCCCAAAGUCUUGAUUUAUGUAGACAGAGCUGUGGAUUUUGGUAUGUCGGGUCAGGACGUUUGUAUAGGAAGUGCCUGCGUGCAGCUCUGGGCUUGGUGAGUCGGACUCUUCCCACUCAGACCCUCUCCACCCUCCUCCGUCCUACCCAGCACUCCAGCACAGCUCCAGCAUGGGUCUCUGCACCAAGCUGCCAGUGGUUCCCUUUGCCCCCAGCCCCAGCUUUACCCACCAGAGUAAGGAAUCUUUUCUUUUUGGAAAUCAAGAAUUUGGCCGGACAGACUGCUUUUGGGCGAGCCAAAUUGGACUUCUUGUUCUUCCUGCCCUGUGCCUUCUUUUCAGCUUGCUCCCUCAGCCUGCAGGACCCUCCCCUUUACCCUGCUCUUCCCCCUUGCCCCUGCAGACUCCACUCCUGAGGUUUUGUAGGUGCCAUCCUCAUGGAUUCUUCCUCAGUUUCUUUCAACCCACAUGGAGUGCCCUCUGUGCAUUUCCUGACUUUCCUCUUCUUUGAACCCUGGUUGGCGUGAACUCCUUAAAAGCAGGGACUGUCAUUUUCAUCUCUGUACUGGAACUGGGGUGUCCACAGGAAUAGACAUUCAGCUGCUCAUAACCUGGUGGGGGAGGAGGAGAGAAAACUAAUGGUGGAGUACAGAAGACAGAGACGAGAGAAAACUUUCCUAGCACUUGGAGACAGCUGAAAACCAUCUAUGCAGGUUUUCACAAUUUGGAAGUCUCUAGUUGAAUUAUUAAAAUUGCCUUUUAUUUGCUGUAUACAAGGUCUGCCAUCUUGUGAGUCGUGUAGGCGAGGUGUGAAGACUUAAGUCUGAAUUGUCCAAGGCCCCGUGGCAAGCCAUGGUAAAGAAGUAAUUUGAGGAAACAAAUAAACUAGAGAUCUGUAAUGACACCACUCAUUAUCUACUCCUUUAUUGCUGUAGCAGAACCAUUUUUUCUGUUUGGUAUGAAUUUCUGUGUGCUUUGAUGGUGGGAAAACUUGAAAAUUUUAAACUCCUUACUUCCGUAUUUGAGAGGCUGGUGCACUAGGAGGUGUGUGUAUGUGUGAGAAAGAGAGAAAGAGAAAAAAAAAGAUGUAUUUAUUAUGUGAUUUCGAAAGAGAAAUAGUCUGUUAUGUGGACAUGUGUUAGGUACAGCCAAAUUGGAUGUUUCCAUUUGGCAAAGAAGGUAGGAUUCCUGAAACUCAGGCCUUAACCAGUAGGUUAGAAGACAAGACCAACUGAAGCGUUAUGAAAUGUGUGUUUUUGUUGCUCCUGUUAUUUCUGUCUUGGUUUUAUUGUCUUGUUCUUUAAUGAUUUUUAAAAUCUUGUGCCUAAAAGUUUAUUUUGCUUAAUUAUGAAG